CCCUUUGACAGGAGUUGAGUUAAAGUUGAGCCUUCUUAUAUGUCACCCUCUCUCUCCCACCCCAUGUUGCUUCUCUCCUUCUUAAGAGGAGAGAGAGAGAGAGAGUCACAAGCAGGAGGGUUAGACUUUCUCAUGAGUUUCAUUCAGCUCUACCAGCAGGUCCAACUUUUUCCUCUCAUCCUCAUAAAACACACAUACUCUAUUUAGAGAGAACACAGGGGUAAUCAGCAUAGGUAAGCUACGUCUAGUACUGCAAAGGACACACUGAGCGCAAGAUUUCAUGGCUCUCGACACUCUCCUGCUCCCUUCCUCCUCCAGCACCAAGGCCGCUGCCGGCGACCACUCCGACAGCCAGCGGCAUCACCACCACCAUGGCAGCAAGCUCAAGAAGAAGCCAAAGACUCCACCGCCGAGAACCCCGCCAGGCGCGGGAAGCCACCGCGCCAUGUCGUCGUCGGUCGCGUCGUCCAGGAGGAGCCCCAAGCUCGCCACGGCCAAGAACCCCCAGUACCAGCACCGCGUGCAGUCAAAGAAGGCAGCGGCGGCGGCAACACAGUCCUCUUCGUCCUCGUGGGAGCAGCUCAAGAGCCUGCUGAGCUGCCGGAGCGCUACGGCGGCGGCGCGCGUGCACGACCCGGCCGCGCCCUCGGCCCUGGCGCGCCUCCGCGGCGGCGGCGGCGCGUGCGGAGCCUCGCUCUGCGCCAUCCGCGACGUGGUCGAUGCCGCCAGCUCCGCCGCGUCCUCCGCCGCCGCCUCGGCAUCCGCCGACUGCGACACCGCCCCGCUCACCAGCCGCCGCGCGCACCGCGCCUUGUCCUCCUCCUCCUCCGUCACCGGCGGAAGCCACUCUUCUCUGAGGGGCCUCUCUGGCUGCUACGAGUGCCGCGCCAUCAACGUGGAGCCCAUGUCAAGGCGAUACCCGAGGCCGAGGGAGCUGUGCGCUUGCUCGCAGUGCGGGGAGGUGUUCACCAAGGACGACAGCUUGGAGCACCACCAGGCCAUUCGACAUGCCGUGUCGGAGCUGGGGCCGGAGGACUCGGGCCGCAACAUCGUGGAGAUCAUCUUCAAGUCAAGCUGGCAGAAGCGGGGCGGUUCCAUCUGCCAGAUCGAACGCAUCCUCAAGGUGCACAACGCCCCGCGCACCGUCGCGCGCUUCGAGGCCUACCGCGACGCCGUCCGCUCCCGGUGCCGCGCCGUCGUCGCCGCGCGCGCCGCCGCCGACGGCAACGAGCUGCUCCGGUUCCACUCUGCGCCGCUGGCCUGCGCGCUAGGCCUCAACGGCGCCACCGCGCUCUGCUGCGCCGCUGGCUCCACCAGCACCGCCACGGCGUCGUCGUCUUCAGCUCCUCCUCCUCCUAACGCUGCCGCCAGUUGCGGCGUGUGCGCGGCGAUCUGGCACGGGUUCGCGCCAUGGGUGGGCGCGCACCCUCUCGGCGUGCGCACCACGGCCAGCAGCGGCCGCGCCCACGACUGCGGCGCCUCGAUGCCGGCGCACGCCGCGAGCGCGGACGCUGGGUGCCGGGCCAUGCUGGUGUGCCGCGUCAUCGCCGGCCGCGUCAGCCGCGACGGCGACGCCACGACAGCGGAUGAGGAGGGCCCGUUCGACUCGGUGGCCGGCGAGGACGCGGCGAGCAGCAGCUUGUACGGGAAUCUCGAGGAGCUCUUCGUGGCCAAUCCGAGGGCCAUCCUGCCGUGCUUCGUCGUCAUCUACUGUGUGCUCGAAUCUUGAGUGAACCACAUAUAGUCUAUGGUGCUUAGUUCGUCAUGUCUGUUUUGCUUCUUCUCUCUCUCUCUCUCUCUCUCUCUCUCUCUAUAUA